AUGCACUUCGCAAAGCCGGAAGUUUUACUUCAUAUUAUGGACGUGUGCAAAAGGAGAGAUUCUCAAUCAUGUUGGCUAACUGUGGGAACCCUUGCUCAACGUAUCCACCUGAAACUUCAAGAUUUUGAAAAUAACGUCGAAAAUGAACAGGUUUCAGAGAUAUUGGAAAAAGUAUCAAGGCAGUUGCAUGAAAAACUUCAAGGUUUAAGUGCUACAGAAAAUGUCGAUGCUUCAGAAUCAAACAUCAAGAAAGAUGAAGACAUAUUAACGUAUUUGAAAACGGUCCGGAACAUGGGAAUUAUGUAUCUGGAAUUAGUUCCUGAAGCAGCAAAGCUUUUGAUUGACUUCGCAAAAGAACCCAAAUUCUCGACGCACGUAAGAGCAGCUGUUUUACAACUUAAGAAAUUUCUUUUGAGAACUUGGUAUCGAAGAAAAUAUCUUUUGGAAAACAUACUCAUGUAUAAAUUCAUGGCUACUGCCCAUGAUGAAGUACGCAGUACGGAUCUAAAUUGCAAUGCAGGCAGCAUUAUGAAGAGUCUUGAAGGAAUUGCUGUUUCUCUUCACAAGAUGUUUUCUCAGAUGAAAUUUGAGCCAUAUACCUUUUCCGAAGUCUAUGAAAGUCUAACUAAGUUCCUCCAAUUACUUCAGACUAGAUUGCCUCAGGAAAGUGUAGAGUACAAUUUUGAUCAAAGCAUCGUUGAAAACAUAAAAAAACUAGGAAGCUCCUACAGAAAGUUCUCUCCUAAGAUGAAGCCCUUUAUGAACGCUUACGUGAAUCUUUUCGGAAGCACAGUAAGUUUUCUUACUUCCGGAGAUCUUACAAAGUUACUUUCCAACGUCAAUGAGUUGUACCAACUUUUAGAUGACAUGAAAAAUGGCAUGAGAUAUGACACAACGCGGGUAUUUAGAAUAAUUGAAGCUUACCACCAAGUACCAACCAUGAUGGGCUUGCCUUUGAAUUGGACUACAAAUGCUACUUUUGCAUUCUCCCUUCGAUCUGGAUUAAAGGCGGCAGUUAAUCCAAAGGAGUUUAAGGUUCUUGUAGCGGGAGAUCUUCAACCUAGUGUAGCUUUAACAUUUCUAAAUCGUAUGGUAGUUGACUUGCCAACCGUCACGCAAAUUGGAGUUCAGGCCAACAGUUCCGCCUACUCUUCAACUCAAUGGAAAGCCGAACUGAAUGCAACGCCCACAAAGUUUUCAUUUCGUAUUGAAAAACCCCCAAGGACUCAGAGCGUACUGGAAUUAUUUCGUACAAACCAGCUCAUAAAACAUGAUAAAUAUAUUGAUAUACCCGACUGGGACAUUGAACGAACAUCUUCUUCUUGGUGCACUGGGAGCGAUAUCAAUUCUAUUAUUGGAAUGCAGUUGUGCAUCCAGAAAUCUUACCCAAAAGUUACUCACCUAAUCAAACCAUGGGCGCUAAUGGCAGGAUGGUGCAAGUGGCAAUGUCAGAUACGUCCAUUUAAUAACAAGGUUCAAUUCUACGAAAUAAACCUGAAAAAUUCUUUAGAAGCGAAGAAGAAAACUGUAGAUCUGGAGUUGAGUGCAAAAGGUGAUUCCGUUGAAAAGAAACUUUCUUUUAACUUUAAUAUGGAGCAGUCGAAUGAUGGAUCAAAAUUUGAAAUCAAGUCUGGAUCCUUGCCGGAUUUUGUGGCAUCCAUUAAGAGUAAAAGCGUUAAGAAGAAUCAGAAAACAGGUCAUGGAGUUGCAUCGAUUUUGCGAUUAUCUAAAGGUUUCCAAUAUAAAAUAGACCUCACACAAGAAGAGAGAAUUGAACUGUUGCCAGAUUUUUCAGUUCAACCAAACGCACUUGAAGAUGAUCACAAAUUAACUACUGUAAUCCAAGAACAGUUACUUCUUUUGGAAAGCCCCUACAAUGCUUAUGAAUGGAAGAAAGAGCACGUCACUCAAGGGGAAAGCACGCGAACAGAUGUCAAUUUAUCAUAUGAAAGAUAUCAUAUCUAA